GAUCGAGUAGUACGAAGAAAAAAGGAAAAACACACAGAUGUGUUGAGCUACAACAGCAGGGAGUAAUUUUUUUUUAUCAAGCCUAAUUCACCUGGAACGGCACUUUAAUUGCUGGUUUCCGAGUUCACGCCAUUCUUUGCUGUGUUCUUGUGUUCUGGGAAAUAGUGAAGUGUACCGGACCAACGCUGAAAGUCGUUUUGGUGGACGAAACAUUUUCCUGCUGUCUGUAGAAAAUUAGUGUCACAUCCCCAUCACUAUCGAUUGGCAAGUUGGCGAAGGAACGAAGAAAAUUGAUGGUAUGUAAGACUUGAGACGUCGCAAUUUAGUGAAUUGGAUCUAUUUCAAACAGUGCAACUCGGCAGGUGAUUCAUUUACCUGUAGGUUUGCAUAGAUUAAAACGUUCAAGGUCAACGCAAAAUGUCUAGUCAAAUUCCUCCGUUAUUUUGCCACACUCCACCACCGAUGGAUUUCGGGGAUGAAGAUGACGAGGAAGAUCUACCCGAUCCGGAGGAAGACGAUUUCGAUGAUUUCGCUGCCGCUCCAGAUGCGAAUACAAUUUCCAAUCUUCCCACACCUGUGCCGUCACCGUUUCCUGAAUCAGACAAAGAAAAUUCACCUAUAAAAAAACCACCGACACAAAAUCAAAGUGAACCGACAUCCGGCAAUCCACAGUCAGUGAUACCGGAAGUAACGGCGGGAAAAGAAGACGAUCAGGUACGAAUCGAAAGUCCACCGUCUUUAAUUCUAUCUCAACAUGUCUACUCGGAGAACGACCUGCCGAGUGAGGACGAAUUUCAGGAAUUCGCCUAUCAUUCCAACGAAGACGAUCGGAAAAAGACAUUUGCCACACAGGAAUCGGAAGAUAACAUAAGCAUUCCGUCGCUUCACCUUGAUACCGAAGUAUCCAAACCGGAAACUCCGGUAUGUUUGUCGGAAAACGAGACAAGUGAACAAAAUCUAUCGCCACAGGAAACAGGCGUUGCAGAUAUCGAACAAGAACAGGUAGUGGAAGCCGCCAUUACCCCGGUGAUACCAGAGGACCUUUGCUAUCGCUUUGAUGACAAUACCGAGAAUGAUUUCACAGAUUUCACUACAGCCUCGAAUGAGCGGUCAGCCGUUUUGGAAGUACCGACAGCUAACGACGUGUCUUUUGACGAUGACUUUGCACAACUGGAAUCGACGCCCUCAGCCGAUAGUAACUUUGUAUCGCAAAGUAAAACCGACUUCGCUACGUUUGAUGCUGAUUUUAGCAAGUUUGAUUCCUUCCCAGCUUCAUUUCCCGCGACUUGCGGUGAUGACACGGUUAGUAACAUUACUAAAGACACACCAGCCCGGUUGGGUCUAGCUGAAUCAGAGGAACAAAUAACUUCCGAUGCCCCGAACGAGGACAAUGUUUCUCAAGAUGAUUUCGAUGAUUUUCAAGGAUUCACAAGCUUUACGACUGCAAGUAGUACUAGUAAACCUGCUGAAACAAUCGUCAAAGAGGAUAUCGAAGAGGACAGCGAAGACGACUUCGGUGACUUUAGUGACUUUAAACAGUCGAAAGCGAUGACGAUGUCGACGUCAGUUGCAGCCGAUAGCCGGGUGACACUUUUUACGCCGGAGAAUAUUCAAAGUAUAAUUAGUGAAAUGUUUCCAACGGUAGAAACACAAAGCCACAUUGGCAGUCAGACAACGACGGGGAGUGAAUUGCUGCAGAACAAAUUAUUCCACGAGCUGAAGGAUGUAGACUCAACGAAGGCACUGAGCUACCAGUAUAGUUCUUCUGAGAGCAGUAAAUCGUUGGUACAAGCGCUUGGUAUUGAUUCCAGAAAUAUCCUUUUUGGUCCCAAAUGGAAUAGUUCUAUGCCUCGGUUUGCUGCAAAUCUUAGCUUCAGUCCCCUAGAGCCCAUGAAACCAACGACGAGCAGUUUGGCGCCCGCUAUCAUUCUGGGUGCUGGAAGUUCAACCACGCGGCAGGACAUGACGGCGAAAUAUCUCACUCCCGGGUUGGAUUCCUCCAUGCAGCCCCCCAUGAGCAGGUCUAUUGGAAACGUUCCGGCUGUGCAGUUCGAUUGGAAUAGCUCCGGCUUGGUCAAUCCACUCGAUGCAUCACACGCACACACAUUAUUAUUGGACCUAGAACAGCUAGAGGUGAUGGUUAAUCUAAAAGAUAAAAUAAAUAUUGAUUCCUCCCCCUCCUCAUGUAACGCUAAUGUUGUGCUAACGUUACCACCAUCGUCAAUCACGCCUUUAACCUCACCAAUAACAACCGCAACUAAAUCGUUACCAUCAACAAUAACAACAACAACAUCGAUUGUGGUUAACAAUAAACGCAACAAUAACAACAACACACGCUACGCAACUAAUCCUAAUCCUGACGGCGGUGGAUUCUUGCUGGACGAAAUCAAUCUUUUCUGCACUAAUCCACCGACACCACUCAAACCAAUGCUCGUUCUCCCCUGUGCUGUUGCUACUACUAACACAACCGCCACUGUAAAUGCUGACGACGCCACCCGUUGUCCCGUGUGUCGUUCCACCCUGUCACAACCUACAACAACAAUAACUACGACAACAUCCACCGCCGCUACUGCUAUCAACUCGACGACGGUGCACGGUGGUGAUGGCGAUGCCACGUUGGCCGUGUCCACCGGUUUCACUUCACCCAACAAUCUGCAAUCAUUUGAUGAUUAUUUGGAUCUUAGCGUACAUGAGAUCCUCCAGGAAGGCGGUACAUUCCAGCCCAACAAGAAUGGGCCAGCGAGCGAAAUUCUGGAUCCGAAAAUCCCAGAAAACGCAAGCUCGUCUACUUCAGAUGAAGUAGUUGCAACGUCGUUAGGCCAGGAACCUGAAUUAUCCAUUCCGGAAAAAAGCACUACCACAGUAGCUCAUCCCUCCUCUGUUCAUGACGAUGGGUUUGCUGAGUACGCCAGUAAUAGCAAUCAAUUGAAGUCAAUUCCUUCGACGACGACGACGAUGAUGACAUCGACGGCAACAACUGCGACGAUUUUCGCCUCUUCCACGAUAGCUCCACAUCAACCGGUUACAUCAUCGCCGCUUAUGGCCUCUUCUGGAAGUGUAGUGCGAAUAAUGAAAUUGCCCGAAACGCACAUAUUUACGCCCAGCAAAUGCAUUAGUCCGGUAUCACGAGAUUCUACCGAUAGGACGGAUCCGUACGGUGAGGCGAGUGUAUCUAUCGACAGUGCAGUGAGUAAGGAUAUAGUGGUUCGAGAGUACCACGAUGUUGAAUAUAGUUUAGAGAAAAUCUCGCCCAAAGGACAAAGUUUAACGGAUGCAGGAGACGACUUAGAUGAUUUUCACGAGUUUCAAGCUGUAAGUACAAUAAAACCUGAGGUGGCAGAUGAACAGCGAGUGCCGGAUUCUAGGAAAACUCAUCUGGAUGUUGGAAGUGAGUUCAACUUCAGAGAUCGGAGAGAAAAACAGAACACCUACUCCAAACCGGUAUUCGGUACAUCGCCAACGGAGGAAAUAGAUCAAAUUGACGAUGAGUUUAGUGAUUUUCAAGCUGCUGUUCCGGCUGACUUCGGAGGAGUUAAAACUAUUGUAAAUAAACCAAUCACAAGCAUCGCUGGUGAACAAAACCGAUCAAACACAAGCUCCCCAAUGCUACUGAGUCCAUCAAUUUUGUUACCUCAGCAAUCGAAACCUCCCGAACCGGUUGGGAUGAACCAAACAACACAAAUAAACUGGCCGGAGCCCGGAAUAGAUCCUGAAGAGCUGGCAAGGUUCGAAGCGGCUUUUCCAAAGCCAAAAGUCGCGAACACUGCUGCCAGCAGUUCUGCAAAACACGCUCCCGCUACUACCACGAACGCUGCAGAUGACGAAGAGUGGUCCGAUUUUGUCUAUUCAAAACCAGCAGUACCGGAGAAAUCUCCGAAGAAUUCCAAUAUGACAACCGGAACAACCAAAACCGCUAAUAAUCAAUUGCUGGGAGAAUGGACUGACUUCAUGGGCAGUGCUCCUGUGCAGCGAGGUUUGGCCUCUAGUCGGAAUAACUUUAACUAUCAAAAUUCGCUUGAAGGGCCGAAGUUUAGCUCUUGGAAUCAACCGCAGUUGCCUCAACCCAACUUCAGUUCGUGGAACAGUAAUAACUUUUACUAUAAUCCAGGCAGCAGUCACAAUGACAACAAUAGUAGCAGUAACUUCACCAAACCGUCCGUUCAGAACUUAACUCAAAAAGUGCCAACCUUCUCCCCCGCUCAUCAAGCUCAGCCACCACGGAUUAACCCCUACUACCCAGCGUUUGCGUUGCCAGCAGGGGCCAACCAAUCGCAGCGCUUGGGAAAUUCGAGUACCAUUCCCGGCAUCUCACAUCUACCUGCGCUCUCGUUCAUCACUCCGAAUGCACCGGCUGGCACUAGCAAGCCGGUAGUGAAUUCUUUCCUCAGCAACAGUUUUACCAAGAAAUGAUUAUUAUUGUACGGUGGCGGCGGUGCUGACAACACUAAGAAGCAGAUUCCGAUCACCUCAGCUACCACCCGGCUGGCCGGUGUCACCGUAGGCGAUGUUAUCAUGUAACUAAGGUUGUACCUUUUCUCCUAAGAGUAUAUAUAUACUAAUAUAUAUAUAU